GUUAUUUAUGCAUUGAUUGCCAUUGUUUUUGUUCUCGUGAAAUAUUCGACAUACAAAGGUUAUAUUGUAAAAUUGUUCAAUCAUCCCUGAUACUUGAAAGUGUUCGUUUUGUUUAAGUUCUCAAUGUCGUGACAUAUCAGCUAUUUUCCUGCGUUUUUGGCAAGAGAAAAGCUGCUCCAAUACAUUGAGCUAUUGGGACAUUUUAGUUCUUUGUCUUCAUUUUUGAGCCAAUUCAAAUGUUCCUCGGUGUAAAUAGCCUACGAAGGAUUUUGGAAUGAUUAGGCCCUAUAUAGGCUUAGCCUAUUUCACACACCCUAUUGGAGACAUACGAGUCACAGGUCGAGACCUUUCCGUUUGUUUUCUUAGUUUAUUUUUGGAUGAAUGGGUCUAUACGUCUCGAGAAAAUAUCUCCUUGUAUAAUUCUCGACAUAAAACCUGGCUGCGUGGGUCAUAUCAGAUGUAUGAUGUAUUUGACUUUACAUUGCCCCCAUGGGCCGAAAUGGGAUCCUAUGCCUUUAAUGUUAAAUAUCCAUUACGGAAGUUCCACCCAAAAGGUUGUCUAGCACGUUAUUUUAUUCAACUUUAUGUACCAUGCUAAACCAUCUAUCACCGGACGACUUUUAUAUACAAUUAACGUCUGGAGUUUAAAUGUCCCGCGUUUAUGUUUAUUGUUUCAAAAAUAAUACUAGGCCUAUAAAAAGAGAAUGUAUAGCCUACUUUAAAUAAAUAAAGCAAAAUACUUAAGGUAGCCUAUAUUUAAAAUAAACUUGAUCAGUUGUUGUUUUAUUAUAUUGCCAAAUGUUGACAUUAGACCUACUGAUUGUGUAUUAGGCCCAUGUGUAAAAUUGGCUCACGUUUGUCAAUAUUUCGGUUAAUGUCUUAUAGUUCAAAGCCUAUGGGCGUUCAUGAAUAGUGGGCUAGUGAAAACACCAAUUAAGAGUGAUAGCAGCAUGAAGCUAGUGUAGAUGGCCGGCUGCAACCAGUCCGGGUGAUGAUGGUCUUAGGCCGUGCAUCCUGUCCGGUCAGGCUAACCGGAAUGCCGCCUUUACGGACACAUCCUCCCUGUUGCUGCAGCAACUUGGCCAUAAAACGCGUCUUCGUCUGGAACAUUUGUACAAUUGGAGUGUAGUGCAAUAAACCGUCUGAGACCAAGGUUAUUAACUGUGACUAAGGGCUUUAAAAACAACGGCUGCCUGCCUGGGAGCAUUGAAAGCUUGUGUUCGCGGACUUUUCCUGCUUCAUUUGUCUCAGCAGCUCAGCGUGCACGGGCAGGAAUAUAUUCAGGGUGGAAUCUGCAGUUCGAACGUGGUUGUUUGUUUGUUCCACUGGGAGGCGCUGCUCGGAUCAAUGUCAUGGAUCAAUGCCGUGGAUGUGGACGGAACUCUGGCCGAGACUCUACUUCCCAUGCAUCAAACAUCCAAAGAUUGACAGACUCAUUACAUUACAGGGUUUCAUUGUUCAGACCAUUCCCAGCCUCAACCCGGGCAGCCACCCACGCCACAGCCGGUCAAAGCAGAAUCUGAAUGGAGUCUGUAGCCCUCUGCCAGCCGCAUCCCUACCCCCGGAGUACCCUUGGAUGAAGGAGAAGAAAGCCUCCAAGAAAAACCACCAGACUACUGCCACAGCUACAACUCCCGACACUGCGCCACUUCACUUCUCUCCCCAAGGGUCGCCAGAGAUUGCAGAGAGUGGUGGCGGGGGAUCUCGGAGGCUGAGGACAGCGUACACCAACACCCAGCUAUUGGAGUUGGAGAAGGAGUUUCACUUCAACAAGUAUCUGUGCAGACCCCGGCGGGUGGAAAUAGCUGCUUUACUGAAUUUAACUGAGAGGCAGGUGAAAGUCUGGUUCCAGAACCGCAGGAUGAAGCACAAGAGACAAACCCACUGCAAGGAGAACCAGAACGGCGAGGGGACAUUCACUAGUCUGGAGGACGGGAGAGAGGAGGACUUCGAACAGGCUGGUAACAAUGUAGGCCUACCCGCCGGCGCGCUUCUAGAGAGGGAAAGCUGCUCUUUUCACCAGAAUACCUUAACUUCACAACAACAGUCUCAGAAUUCACACAAUCACAAUGGAGAUUCCCAAAGCUCAACUGCUUCGCCUUUAAACAGCGAUGACAAAAAUCUGAAACAUUUUCCUAACCCGGCACCCACUGUUCCUAUAUGCGUGUCAACAAUAGGCCCGGACUGCGCAUCUGGCGGGGACAAUGCGCAUUCCCCGGCCCUGGACGUCUCUUUGCAGGACUUUCACGUUUUCUCAUCGGAUUCCUUCUCUCCAAGUUUGUCAGAUUCUAUAGAUAGUCCAAUGGGUUUAUCAUCUGAAGGUUUCGAUUUUUUCUCAGAAACGCUCACAACAAUCGACCUGCAACACUUGAGCUACUAACUAUUCUAAAAGAGAAAACAACAAUUCAAACAUCUUAGUUUAGGAAGAGCUUCCUGUCUUCCAAGUUCUUACAAAUAACUGGCUUCAGUUUUUAUUUUGAUGUAAUUGCUUGAUUGAUUAAUACAUGGCUCCAAUGAGGUAAGUUUGAAAACAAUAAAUUCAUCAAUUGAAUAGUUUUUUUUUUAUGUUGCCAAUAAUAUGCCUCCAAAUAAUGAUAUACAAGAUCUUUUCAUUUUAUUUUUGUAUCAUUUCCCGGUACAAUAAUGUUAUAAAUAGCCUAUUUUAUUAGAAUAAAAUGUUUCUUAUUUACGAGAGA